AUGACCUCUCUUUCAGAUCCAAGUUCCGCGGUAGUGUCGUUAUCAACUGGAACUACUAUGCAAACAAUCACGCAGACGAUUCAAGGCUAUACUGAGAGUGGGGUUAUAGUCACGCAUACUCACGAUACAAAUACCGCGCUCAGCAAUGGUGUGAUUGUAUCAAAUUUUUAUAAGAGUUGGGGGCCCGAAGACAUUGUGGUGGCGCCAACGACUCAAACUAUCACGAUCCCAUCUUUGUUCACGUCCCAAGUGUCCAUCCCAAGCUCGACUUCAAUUUUACUAGAGUCAACUUUGAGUUCUUUGCGGGUCGUAGAAGGAAACCCGAGCGAUUUUGAGCCGAAUACGACUCCAUUGUAUACAAGUGCUGCAUCUCCCACCUCAUGGUCUUCUCGAAUUCAGUCUACGCUAGCUGCAUACGCAUCCACCGUCAGUACAUUUUCCACCGCAUCAUCUAUCCAAAUACAAUCCAAACUAGCUAUAUCCCCGCCAACAUCCACAUCAUCUCAAAUCCAAGCUCCAAAUACUUCCACAUCUUCAUCAUCACAACAAAGCAGCAGUUUAAAUUCCAUUCAUUCAGGAGUCAUUCUUGGAGGUAUUAUUGGGGGUUUCGCAUUCAUAUGUCUAUUUACAACCGCCUUCUAUCUUCUUCGCGUUCGGCUGCAACAGCAGCGACAUUCUACCCUAUCACCUAGCACAGAUAUAGAUAAUGAGUCCAAAUUCCCAGAGAUAGAUGACGAAAAGAAUCCCAUUAGGGAAUUGAUGGGAGAAGGGAAGAUAUCGAUGAGAAAUGAUAGACACGAGGUUAGAGAAGAUAUGCUGGCGGAACUCGCGGCGGAAAAGGAUGAGGGGGGUCGAGGGUCUUGCAAGCUUGCUGAACUUGAGUGA